AAAAGCCGCGCCAGAGUGUAGAGAGAGACCCAGAUGAAGGGGAUCCCAGCGUCCAGGCGAGACCCGCUGCCACCAUGGUUUUGAUCCCCUCCGCUGCGUUUAUUUAGGCCCUGCUGUUCUCUGCCGGACCUUUGAAGGGAGAUAUAUCGAUGCAGUGCCUCUAAUAUGCCGCCGGGACCAUGAUACCGAGAUGAGGGCGAGGUGAUGGGGCUGACCAGGGGCUGAGGACGAGGAGUGGACGGCCGCCGAGCAAGCAAGGAAGGUGCCUGUCUGGUGGGACAGGUGUGGCGGGCAGCGGGACCAAUGGGGAAGUGCCUGUCAUGUCUCAAGGUCCCUCCUCCCGCCCACCAGCAUGACCUCCCGCACCAGACCUCACUGCAGCAGCCUCCACCUCCACCCCGACACGAACAUGAACGAACCAGAGAAGUAAGUGAGAGUGGCAGCAGCCUCAGUGGCGUGGAGGGGCGCUCGCCCGUGCCCCCCCCAGACGCCCAAAGCAAUGGUAGUGGCAAGAAUUCUAUAAUAGUCAGUGCCUCAGAGAAACGUUCGUUUUACUCCAGAAUACCCCCUCUGGCCAAGUCGGCAAGCAAUGAAGUGAGAAGGUUGUCAUCCAAGGAUUACUCUGAAGCUAAAAUUGCCAAUUUGUUUGACCAGUAUAAGGAUCAGCAUUGUGAUGUUAUCUUGUCAGAGGGUAUUGAACACCUCUGUAGAGAUCUGGAUGUUAAACCUGAGGAGUUCAAGGUUUUAGUUCUUGCGUGGAAAUUUGGAGCCGAAACAAUGUGUAGAUUUAGUAGAAAAGAAUUUGUAUCUGGAUGCAAAGCAUUAAAAGUGGAUUCCAUUAAAGGUAUACAAUCUAAGUUCUCAGACAUGCUUCUUGAGGUCCAGGACCCAGAAAAAUUCAAAGACCUCUAUCGAUUUACGUUUAAGUUUGGCUUGGACGCCGACGCUGGGCAACGAAUCCUACCGUCCGAAAUGGCAGUGUUGUUGUGGAAGCUUGUGUUCUCCCAGCGUGAGCCCAUUGUGUUGAAGAGGUGGUUGACGUUCCUCGAGAGACACCCGCACAUCCGCGGCAUUCCCAGAGACACUUGGAACAUGUUUCUAAAUUUCACGGAGGCUGUCGGAGACGACCUCAGCUCCUACGACGACACAGAAGCCUGGCCUAGCUUAUUUGACGACUUUGUGGAGUAUGAAAACGAUCAAUUAAACCAAAAUAUUUCCAAGGAUCAUAAAGAGGAGAGUGAUUAAUGUAGUGUUUCUGCUAGGGUUGUUUCACAUUCUUAAAUCUUCUUGUGUGACGUCGUUGAGGGUCUUCGUGGCCUGAUGUUUUUGCCUAUAUGAGAAGUGCUCAUGGAUUUAGUUUAGAAGGUGUUACUACUUUGCUGCCAUGACUUUAGUUGUUAAGCUUGGCUGGUGUAGGUUAUACUGUAUACUAUAACAGAUGCUGGCUUGACUAUUGUACCAAAAGUUCUUUUUUGGAUUGAUUGUCACAAAUGUUCUCUGGCAUUAGUAUUCAUCACAGUAAUGAGUUGAUUAGAAGCAAGAAGAUUUUGCACUGAAGUAAUGGAGUAUGAUCCUUUUAGGGAUCAAAUGUGAUAUUUCUACAAAUUUGUGUACUACUUUCGUAUAUGGGGCUGCAAUGUAAUAUAGUCCUCUCAUGUAAUAUGUUAAUAGUAUGUCUGUUGUAUACACUUUUGGGGUUUCAGAACUUAUUUCCUUGAUAAUAUGACCUUAUAAAAAAGAGAUAUUCAAGUAAUGGCAAUUGAUAAAAGACAACUGAACAGUAAUUCAAAUUAAGACUCAUUGAGUAUUCUGAGAAGGUAGGAUGACAAAGUGCAGCCCUGCAUCAGACCUACACAGGUUUCCUGGGCCCUGUAGUGUCCUAUUGACUAGCAGAGUAACUUCAUUCAUAUGGAUUUUCAAAUUGGGUAUAACAAGUGCAUGUUACUAUUGGUUGAGGUACGUUAUAUUUAUUAUUUUUUGCUCAACAUGUAUGAUAAUAUAAUUAGGAAGUUUCCUUUCCUCGCUUACUAUCCGUGACUAGAUUCUCUUUCAUUGAUUGAAUAUCGUGAGGUUUGAUCACCACUUACGAAAAACGGCUGUUAUUUUAUGUACUUAAGAUGGAUUUUAUGAUGUUUGCUUAGUAUCCAGUUGAGUUCUUCCCUUUUAUAUGAACUCACCAUUGUCCCACAAAGGGUUUCCUCAGUAUGUGUGUUGCAAUGGUUCCCUGACAGUUGUGUUGGCAAUGAGAUAGUACUCUGAAGGCAUCCUUUGAACCAGAGCCAUAAAUAUGUUGCUGAAAAAUGGCAUUGACAGCAAUUUGUUUGCAGAAAGUUUAUUCUCAGGAAAUAAGUCACAAUCUUUCAGCAUAAAAUAAAAUAAUGUUCAUUUCUGAUAUAUAAAUUUUGUUAUAUUAAAUCAAAUGUGAUGCAGUAAAGCAGUGGUGAGUCUGGAAAAAGGUCAGAAAAUCUAUGCUUGUAAUUUUGUCACCCAAGUCAGAAUGUUUUAUCUUGCUGAGUGUGACGGUGCGCCGCGUUCAUGCACACGCCUCGCCACGGCAAUGCUGCCUGAAGUGUCUUUCCUUACCUGCAGUCAUGGGAAGCAUUGCUGCAUCCAACACAGUAGUCACCUGUAUAAGGCUUUGGGAGCUGUAAUAUUGUUUUACUGUGUUUUAGGAAGCAAAAAGGGAGAUGUGCCUUGAUGGGUCAGAAUAUUAGUAAGUCAAGAAGACAAGAGCUCUAUAUAUUUCAGCUUUUCAUGGAUUUACUGUACAUUAUUAUCUCAACUUUAUUUGCCAGGAAUACCAUAUAUUAAUAUAUUGGCUUAAUGUGAAAGUAUUUUAAGAAAUUGUGAGGCUAAAAGGUACUUACUUGGGUAAGAUGAUUCAACAAAUAAUUUGAUUUCCUCAGGGCGAGUGUAUGAGUAAACACCAUUAUAUUCUCAUAGAUAACUCUUAAGCACUGAUCUAACACUUCAUGCAACUGUGGUGUAGAUAAAAACUCAGUGUUCAUCUGUUCCGGUGUUCAUGGCAAAGCAAUUUAAAUUUGCAAGUGAGCCAGAAAUGGAAGGGUUGUGUUCCAAGUUCUGCCAGGGCGUGGCUAUACAUACACAAUGGGGUUGCAGCUAAUAGAAGAAAACUUUAAUUUCUUACCAAAAUAUAUGGCUGACCAAUGCAGGCAUUCAAGAUAUCAUUCUUUUCUGAUUUAAAUUAAUAUUGUUCAUGACAUCCAUUCAUUCAGCAAAAUUAUAUGGAUGGUGAGUUGGGUAAUACAACACUGACACAUUACAGCAGCCUGUCACGUAUGUAUAGCACACAAAUCAUUCAGUAAUUUUAUCACCCUCGUGCUGUGUGUGACGACCCUUGUUUCCCAGUCCGACAGCCCGACUGAAAUUACCACCGCCCUUCUGAUCACAUAUCACACGUAGCUUUAACAGUGUACUGCUGUCUGAGUGCAGGUUCUCAUCUAAGUUACUUUUAAGCUCAGUAUUUCAGUUACAACUUAACUCUGCAACUAUUUCUUAAGUUAUUCAAAGACACAAAAAAUUAAUGGAUGGUCAUUAUGUUACGUUUUUAUUUGUGCUGAGUUUUGAUUUUUUUAAAAUUUGAUGGCAAUGAAAAUGUGUUUUGAGAAAAGUAAUUUGAUGUUUUAAGUUAUAUUCUUUAUGUCGUAGAGCCACUUUCACAGUUCACCAUGGUGGGUUAGUAAGCCUCCAAACCAACACAAAAACUUUGAAAAUUCCUUGUGUAGUGUUUGUUUUCAUAUUCAAUUCAAGAAAUUUGAAGAAAAUGUACAGGAAAUCUCGUGUAUCUGGUCUUGCAUCGAAAACCUAACCAUAAUUGAGUGUAGAAGAUUGAAAUAGUUUGGUUUGAGCUAUUACAAAGCCACUGUGUUGGACUGUGGAAUUGGCUCAUAGAGUUUAACAUGACCGAGUUCGCAGCCAAGAGACCUGAGAUGCAAUUCCUCAGCCAGGUGGAGGCAUGGUGGUCCCUGCUCACCUUGCGCAGAACAACUAGACUCACAAAAUUUUAAUUCGUUGCCAUCAGCCAUCAUUUCAUUAGGUUCUGAAAAUACACAGCAUCUUUUAGUGGGUGUUAGUUCCUGUUAUAUUUUACAUUUGCUGUCGACCACAAACAUCAAUUUACCCUCAUGUUGAUUUACUCGCUUUUGGGUUGAUGGAUGCGUUGAAGGGUGUUCUCAGUGCUUGAAGUAUUGUUGUUUAUUUGUCUGCACUUGAUAGUGAAUGUUUGAUGUAUGUGUGCUGAGUGGACAUUUAUUUAUUAGAUAAGCGUGCAAUUUUAUGAUACAAAUCUAAUAUUCUCAUGGGAUUAAAGUCAAGGGAUGCCGGAUAGACUCUAGAAUAACCAAAGUUGACGCUGUUAAAGGGAAGGAAAUGUUGAAUCUCCUUUUAGUUAAGUUGUCAAGUGGGAAUGUUUGUACAGCAACAUGACAAGGUCUUUAGACAGGGAUAGCCCUAAUGUUCCCUCUGUGCUUAGUGACUGCAAACUUUGGAAAUAUUUUUGUACAAUGCUUAUAUCUCAUGCAGAUGUCUGUACCUGUUUAAUAUUGGUAGAAGUGACUCCCUUGUCUUUUCUUUUUUCACUUUCUUUUCCUCUGGUGGCUCAGUAGUAAGCCAGACUGAUGCGCCACAAGGAGUGAUACUCAGCAGGGUUCCCCUCACAGGUUGUAACCUUUGACAGUCAGCACUCACAGUCUGUAGUGUGUAGUAAAAUACUUUGUGGUAAUUGAGUGGAUUCUUGUUAACUGCUGCAUUAGGGUAGUUAGAGUGGCCGGGUGUUUUACAAGUGUGUGAAGAGGAGCUGGAAGGAGAGCUGAGCCAGGGCAGUUGUUACCUCGACAACAUGUGACUAACCUUCACCAGAUUUUAAGUCUUUCCUUGUCUUCUUAUAUUCCCACAGCCUUGUGUCUUCUGUCAUGUGUAGCACAUUCUGCGCCACCAAAAGCUGUUGAGUUAUAAUGCACUUCUGUAUCUACAAUUAGAAAUGACCAAAAUCAUUCUGCGACAGUUGAUUAGCAACUUAUGUUGAAAACAUGACCCUCUGAUAACAUUACAUUGCAUAAAAAUAGUUGCAUCUUACAAUAGUAAUGUGCUAACAGUUACUUCAGCUGAAUUUAAAGAGGUAAAAAAAAAAAAAAUAGUCAUGCCAGUUAAAAAUAGAAAGGUAAAUAAUCUGAUUGAAGGUCUUAAACAGUUGAACUUCUUUCACUCGAGCAAAUAUGUGAUCCUAGAAGAGUUUUGCUCUUCAUAAAAGUUGGACCGUGGAGCAAAG